AUGGCGGAUUCUGAAGAUGAGGCACAAGAAGCCAAGAAGGGAAAAGUAGAAAGGACUUCCAGGUCCACAUAUGAAAGUGUAGACUGGCCAAUAUGUAUAUUUUGCCAAAAAAAGAAGUACAAAGGCGUAAAAGAGCUUAUAAGUGUUGCCAGCUUUGAUUCUUGUCAAGCGAUUGUAGAUGCUGCCAUUGCUCGUGAUGACCAGCGAUUGCUUAUAAAUAUCAAAGGCGUUGAUUUCAUAGCGAAAGAAGCGAAGUAUCAUGGAAAAUUUCGAAGCAAAUAUGUCAGUAAGACAAACCCAAAAUGUCUCAGAUACAAGGAAGACAAUGAAGAGGAGGAGGAGUGUGUAUAUUCCGCAGCGGUUGCUAUGUUAGUGGAUGAAAUUACUCCUGGAUUAUCUGAAGGAAAGAUUUAUGACAUGAGCUAUUUGCUAGACCGCUAUAAGCAGGUAUUGAAAGUCAAAGGCACUUCUUGCAGCAAUUAUCGCAGCGAAAAGCUCAAAAGAAGAAUGAGCGGCCAUUUCUUAGACCAAAUAGUCAUCGAGAAGCUGAAAGACCCUUCGAAGCCCGAAUUAAUUUAUUCCAGUCAUUUUUCAGUUACAGACAUAGCAAAAACAUCUGUCUCUCAGCAUUCCAGUGAAAAUUUUGAAGUCGAUGAGGACAUGAGACAGGAAAUGGAACAGGAUAAAGCUACCAUUUUGUACCAAGCAGCACAGAUAAUAAAGAAUGACAUCAAACAGUGCAAUGGUAUUUCAAUCAAGCCAUUGUGUGUAUACGAUGUGUCCAUAGAGAAGGGCAGGUGUCUAAUACCGGAAAGCCUUUACAGUUUUCUUUCAGAGGUUAUCUCUAGGCAAGACAAAAAAGCUACUAACGUGUCGGAUGGAUCUACUCUUAGUGCUGAGAAAGGAAGACGCGUAGUUAUGCAAGGUAAGGAUAUAAUUCAUGCCGCGUCCAAUAGUCAGGUGAAAACAUCGAAACACAUAGGUUUGGCAGUCACCGUACAUCAUUUAACAGGGUCUAAGGAAGUCGUUACUUUGUUAAACAGAAUUGGGCACUGCUCUUCAUAUGAUGAUGUCGAAAUCGUAAGCACAGCGUGGGCAAGAGAGAUGGAGGCACGGAGCCAACAAACUAGAGUAGUCAUCCCAUCAAACAUUACCGCCGGCCCAUUUUUCCAAUUCGCUGCCGACAAUAAUGACUUCAAUGAGGAAACUCUAGAUGGCAAACAAACCACACACGCCACAACGCUAGUAGUGUAUCAGCGUCAGCCCUUUGGACCCCAACUUCCACCGAAGAUCCAGGCCGACCACUCCUCUAGGAGACGAUCUUUAGAGCAGUCAGUUCAGGGUCAACUCAUGCACGAGUGCAGUGUGCAUGGUAAGCGUCCUGCCUUGACCUCAUUCGUAGGAAGGGCAGAAGAGAGCUUUGAAUUAAGAGAGGAUUGCACAACAACUUAG